UGGCGGGUUGGCCCCGCCCCCGCGUGGGCGUGACCUAACGGGAGAGCGGAGCUGUGUUUGUCCGCCGCUGUCAUCAUUCAGCUCCUCCGCUGCGGACUGUCUCACCUCCAGACUGAGAGGAAUCUCAACAAACUGACCCCCAGCUCACAUAAACCAGGAUGUCUCGAGAGCAGCAGGCGGUGGCUCUUGCCAGGAAAGCCUUCGAAACAGGCAGGUCCAAACCUUUAGAGUACCGGAUCUACCAGCUGAAGAGCCUACAGCGGUUGUUCAUCGAGAGACAGAAAGAUGUUUCGGACGCCAUAAAGAAAGACCUCAAUAAGAGUGAGGUGGGGACCCAGCUGUACGAGACUCUGGGUCUGGAGGGAGAGAUCAGCCUCGCCAUCCGGAAGCUGAAGGACUGGGCUGCUCCUCGGCCCGUGGAGAAGAACCUGCUCACCAUCUCGGACACCGUCUACAUCCAGCCGGAGCCGCUGGGAGUGGUGCUUAUCAUCGGGGCCUGGAACUACCCAUGGGCUGUCACCAUCCAGCCACUCAUCGGAGCCAUCGCAGCUGGAAAUGCUGCAGUGGUCAAACCCUCCGAGGUCUGUGUUCACACGGCGAAGGUCAUGGAGGAGCUGCUGCCACUUUACAUCGACAAAGAGCUUUACCCUGUUGUAACCGGAGGAGUGCCGGAGACCCAGGAGCUGCUGCGCCAGAGGUUCGAUCACAUCUUCUACACCGGCAACAGCAUGGUGGGCAAAGUGAUCAUGGAGGCAGCCGCCAAAAACCUGACACCCGUCACCCUGGAGCUGGGCGGCAAGAGCCCCUGCUACAUCGACAAGGACUGUGACAUCAGCGUCGCCUGCAGGCGUGUUGCCUGGGGAAAGUACACUAACUGUGGUCAGACCUGCAUCGCCCCAGACUACAUCCUCUGUGAGCCCAGCAUCCAGAACCGGGUCAUCGAGGAGGUCAAGAAGGCCAUUAAGGAGUUCUACACAGAUGACCCAAAGACCUGCCCCGACUACGGACGCAUCAUCAACCAGCGCCACUUCAAGAGGAUAAUGGCCAUGUUGGAAGACAGCACCAUCGCUGUGGGAGGAGAGAACGACGAGUCAGACUGCUACAUAGCCCCCACAGUUCUGCGAGACGUGAAGCCAGAGGCGAAGGUGAUGCAGGAGGAGAUAUUUGGACCUCUGCUUCCCAUCCUGACGAUCGGCAGCCUGGACGAAGCAAUCAAGUUUGUCAACAAGAGAGAGAAACCUCUGGCCCUCUACAUCUUCUCACAAGAUAACAAGGUGAUAAAUAAAAUGAGAGACGAGACAUCCAGUGGAGGACUGCUGGCCAACGACUGCCUCGUACACUACUCUGUCAGCUCUCUGCCUUUCGGUGGAGUGGGAAACAGUGGAAUGGGUUGCUACCACGGCAAGUUCAGCUUCGACCAGCUGAGCCACCUGCGCGCUUGUCUCAUCAAGCAGCUGAAGAUGGAGGGCGUGAACAGCAUGCGGUACCCGCCUCACACGCCCAAGAAACUGGGCUGGGCCCGCUUCUUCAUCCUGAAGACCGUCGACCUGGGCUGGUUGGGACGGAUGGCGCUCUUAGCCAUCAUGGUUGUGGCGGCUGCUGUUGUGCUACAGAAUUAUCUCCUUUGAGGACGUCUCGCUGCUUCCCAGACAACAAUCCUGGCGCUUCCUUCAGACUGAGGAGAAGAAAACAUCAUGUGAUCAACACAUUUCAAGCACCUGCACAAGACCGCUGUGACACAGUGAAUGUUCAGGUCGUUGCCUUAAUCUAGUUUACGUUUCAAUAACCGUGUCAGAAGGUUUUUUUUAAUGAAGGUAAUUUUUAAUUCCGUGUUGAGACUCUCAUGUUUGUGUUCAGCAUUUCUAUGUUCUGUUUUAGCUCGUUUUUAACAAGUCAAAUAAUGAAACACUACUGGAGGAUUGACAGUUCGAUGUCAAUGGAAAUCUCAUGACAGCAUUCACAGGAAAACUGAAGUAAUGUGAAGUGUUUUUAUCAUGUAGGAGUUACCUACACCUCAGUUUGUGUCCAUUCCAUUUCAAGCCCGGCGUUCAGCCUGAAGGUAUUGAUCAUUUCUGUCCAGUGCAAUAUCUCCGUCAGCCCUCCUUUAAUUCAGACUGUUAGAAUCAAACCGGAUGUGAAGGAUGUUUUUAUUUCUUUUCGCCUAGACCACCAAAUGCCUGUAACGAAUUUAAGCAACCUUGUAAAUGUUUUGAUAAUCUUUAAACAGCAGUUGUCUCUCAGUCUUGUAAUUAAUCGUAUAAUAAAUAAAAACGUAUUUCUGUUUUGGAUUAAUAUUCAAAUAAAUAUAUGUCUACA